CAACAUCUUUCAGCUGCAGUCUGAUAAUUCUUAAAAUAACUCUUCAAUUUCAUGAAGAUUCCUAUUAGUUAAAAACAGCAGUAAGCAGGCCAUCUUCACAAACUUUGAGCCAUCUGAUAUUGCAAUAAAAAACUGAUUUUAUAUUUCCAAAUCAGUCAUUGCAUACUUUUAUAACAAGUUUAUUAUGUCACAUUGCUGGUGUUUUCAAUUAAGAUUAAGAAUCAUUUUAUGUGUCUUCUUGAAACACAUGUUUUACCAUAAGACAAAAUUAAUACUUAGUUUUAUAAUAAAUGGGUUCCAAAUUUAUCUACAUAUAUUUAGAAUUUAGAAACAUAACUUGUUCUUUUAUUAAAGAACUAUUAUUAUAAUUAUACCAGCUCAAGUCUGUUCUGUCUUGUUUCUUUCCCUAUAAGCUAGAUUUCUUGCAAGUCUUCUUUAUUAUAACUACAAUAUUAUGCUCAAAUUUUAUAAAUAAACUUAUUAAGACAGUCUCCCAGAGAAUUAAAUGUAGAAGCCCUGGAAAAAACCUCAUCGAAAUAUUAAAAAAAAACAAUUUUAUAGGAAUGCCUUUAAUAUUGGUAAAUCUUCUUUUUGAUAAUAUGACAAGCUCUAUGUCUUUUGUAAAUUUGUUAUAACAUUUGAGCCAUAGACAAGAAAAAGUCAAAAUCGUACUUCCGGUAUUGUAUAGUAUUACUGUCAAUGUCAACUUUUGGUUUUGACAUCAAAUAAUUUCGUUAUUCAAAAAUCAAAACUAUGUCCGUUAAUUGUGUUGGUUGUGAAAUGUGAAUUAAUUUUGUUAUUUUUUUGUGGAGAUAAUUCUUUAACUUUAAUAUAGACUUUAAAGUUACCAACCAUCAAGUGAAUAUCCGAAUGUAUUCUAAUUCUAAACCUUACGAAUCGCCUUCACUUCGUACUAACAAUAGUGCUUUUGGAAUAAUUUUUCAAAAAGUACAAAGUAUGUUUAAACACCCAGUUCCUGAGAACGAGUUGAAUUUAAACAUGUCAUCAAGGGCAAGUACGGUAGCUUCCGAUGAUAGUUUUAUUACUCCUGUGUCAUCCAUGGGAGAUCUUAUGACUCUAUCACCUAAGAAAUCGGAUGACCUUUUAAUAGACGAAGUCGAUAUUACAAAUGAUUAUCUGACUGGUACAGACUUUGACAGUAUAUGUGAUGUGACGAUGCGAGAAGUUCAAAACUAUGAAUCAAAUAUAUCUAUUGAUGAAACUAGUUUGGAUUUUCUAGCCAAAUGUAGUGAAACCAGUCGCAAACACAAUUUCAUUGAUAGAGGUAAAGAAAGCCUUUUCGUCAAGUUUGAUCCUCUGUAUGCUCAGAAGAAGAUGGUUGAAUCAUCUGAAGGUGAAAUUCAAGCCGAUUCAUUAGAAUGUGACAUUGGAUAUGAAACAGGCAGUACUACAUCUAUUUUGACUGAUACAGUUAUUGAAACUUUAGAUAAUUCAACUUCAGUGAGCAACCUACAAAGCAAAGGGUUUAUGAAUAAAGACAAACCUAUGCAAAUGGUAACACCAGUUAUAAGCUCUGAAUUGUCACGACCAACUCCUUCUCGAACAAAAUCAACACCAGCUCUUGUUAGAAGUGUAUCUGCUAUUUUACCUAGUCCAGUUGUUACUGAAAAAUUAAUUAAUUUCUCUGGUAGUACUCCACCAGUUGCUGCCCCUCGUAGCCCAAGAAGUAGAAAAACAACACAUUAUGGAGAACAUGAAAAUGGAAGACUACAGUCUUUAAGAGCAAUUUUGCAAAAUCAAGAUCAUGAAGUUUUGCAACUGAGACAGGAUAAUAGAGAACUUAGAUCAAUGUUACAAGACAUGGAACAUAACUUUACACGUUACAAAGAAGAAAUGGAAGUCAGAGUAAAAAAAUUAACAGAAGAAAAGAAACACUUUAUGGACAAAGAAGAUCAAUUAUCCCAGCAAUUACAAGAUAAACAAUUAAGCAACAGACAAAUGUGUGUAGUGAUGGAGGAAUAUGAAAAAACUAUAUCUGAUUUAAUUGGAGACCAGCAACAUGAAAAAGUGCAAUUGCUUGAAACUUUAGAGAAAAUUACACAAGAGAGGGAUGAAGCUGUGAAGCACUUAGCAAGCAUGGAGAGUUCCUUCAAUGAUCUUUUAACAAAAUAUGAAAAAUGUAAGAGUGUUGUUAUGGAAUCUAAGGGUAGGGAAGAAAUUUUGAAUAAAAAAAUUGAUGAAUAUGAUGAAGGCAUGAAAAAGUAUGAAGAAUUAUAUAACACUCUCAAACAAGCUACAACAGACAACCUACAGAAAGCUAAUGAGAUGUUAGAAAACUUAAAGAAAAGUCAUAAUGUUGAGAUUACUAAAAUGAAUGCUACUAUAAAAAAACAAGAAAUUAUGAUUUCAUCCUUACAAGAGUCUCUUGCUCAAAAGACUAAAGAUAAUGAAGGAUUAACCAGAAUAUGUGAUCAGCUUAUCAAUCAAGUCCGUUAGACAAAACUGACAAAUUGCAUAGUCCUGAUUUAAUACUUGACAUUCCUUUUUUAAAUUUGUCUUGUGUUAAUAAUAUAUUGUUUCUAAUUGAUAUGAGUUGAUUAUUGCAUAUCACAUUAUUUUAAUUUUUAUAAUUAGGUUUAUGUAAAAUUAUACUCUGUGGCAGCUGUGAUUAUGGUUGCUAAAUUUACUUUCUCCGUAACUGUAUCUAUGGUGCUUUGUAAUAAUUUGAUUGUUCUUUUUAGACUACAUUUAAAAGUAUUUAAUCUCUAAUUUGAAUGACAAGUAUUCUUAUGUUGUAUUAUUAGUCUGUAUGUGAUUACCACGAAUCUGAAAUUUUUA